CCCAUACAAGAAGCAUUUAAAACAAAAGAUUACAUUCAAAGAUUUACUGCCAUUUCGUGCAGCUCCAUGUUGUUGCACUGUGCUGCUAUUUGCAGCCUUUCAUUUGCAUUUGCAUUUCAUUUUCUGUUCAUUUCAGCCUCAUUUCCACAACAUUUGCAGCUUUAGCUUGCUGCACUUUGCUGCUACCGUGCUAUUGAAGAAUGUGGAGGUUGAAGAUAGCAGAGGAUGGGCCGUGGCUGACCACGGUGAACAAUCACAUCGGACGUCAACACUGGGAAUUCGAUUCAGAAGCUGGAAGUCCAGAAGAACGUGCCCAAGUGGAAAGGCUCCGCCAAAAUUUCAAGAAUAAUCGGUUUCGGGUGAAACAGAGUGCAGAUCUGUUGAUGAGAAUGCAGCUUAGGAGAGAGAAUCCUUGUGAACCAAUUCCUCCUCCAGUAAAAGUGAAAGAUACAGAAGUGGUGACAGAGAAAGCAGUGACAACUACCCUAAGAAGGGCUAUCAGUUUCUAUUCAUGUCUUCAGACCCAAGACGGUCAUUGGCCGGCUGAAUCUGCAGGCCCUGUUUUCUUCCUUCCUCCUCUGGUAAUAACAUUGUAUGUUACCGGGUCACUUAAUGUGGUUCUGUCACCAGAGCACCAGAAGGAAAUUAUUCGAUACAUAUACAACCAUCAGAAUCAAGAUGGAGGUUGGGGACUACACAUUGAGGGCGAUAGCACAAUGUUUGGUUCAGCAUUAAGCUACAUUACCUUGAGGUUGUUGGGAGAGGGACCUGAAGAUGGCGAAGACAAGGCUGUGGCUAGGGGCAGAGAAUGGAUACUUAACCAUGGUAGUUUAGUAGCGGUUCCAUCCCUAGGAAAGUUCUGGGUUGCGGUACUUGGGGUGUACGAGUGGGCGGGCUGUAACCCUUUGCUCCCAGAGUUAUGCCUUCUUCCUGAGACUUUUCCCAUUCAUCCAGGGACAAUGACGUGCUUUGCUCGGUUGGGUUACCUAUCGGUGUCAUACAUAUAUGGAAAGAGGUUUGUCAGUCCAACUACCAGAUUGGUUAAGCAACUAAAGGAGGAGCUUUAUAAUGAACCUUAUCAUCAGAUUAACUGGAAUAAAGCCCGAACCACGGUUGCAAAGGAGGAUACCUACAGUUCGCUUUCUCUAGCACAAGAUUUGACAUGGGGAUUCCUCUACCAUGUCGCAGAGCCACUUCUGACAUGCUGGCCCUUCUCCAUGCUAAGAGAGAAGGCACUGAAAGUUGCAAUGGAGCAUAUACAUUACGAAGACGAGAACAGCAGGUACAUAGGCAUGGUAUCUGCAUUAAAGAUCUUAAGCCUCCUUGCCUGUUGGGUGGAAAAUCCAAACUCAGAAGCACACAAGCGACAUUUAGCCAGAUUGCCAGAUUAUUAUUGGAUUGCAGAAGAUGGCUUGAAAAUUCAGAACAUUGGUAGCCAGUUGUGGGAUACAGCUUUUGCUAUACAAGCAAUUAUCUCUAGCAAUCUAAGUGAUGAGUAUGGGCUAACACUUUGUAAAGCACAUGACUUCAUAAAAGAUUCACAGGUCCAGCAAAACCCUUCUGGCAACUUCACUGCUAUGUUCAGACACAUCUCUAAAGGAUCUUGGACAUUCACCACGCAAGAUCAGGGCUGGCAAGCCUCUGACUGUACUGCAGAAGGUUUAAAGUGUGCACUUCUGCUCUCACAAUUGCCACCAGAUCUUGUUGGAGAAAAGAUGGAAAAGGAGCAGUUAUAUGAUGCUGUCAGUGUCAUUCUUUCCUUUCAAGUAAGAUGUACAUCGCAACCACACAUCACAGUCUGCUAUAGUAAUAGAGGGGGUUUCCCUGCUUGGGAGCCUCAACGAGCAUACCAUUUUUUAGAAAAGAUUAGUUCUACAGAGUUCUUUGAAUCUGAUCUUGUAGAAAUGGAGUAUGUAGAAUGUACUUCAUCAGCUAUUCAAAGUCUUGCACUCUUUAGGAGAUUGUAUCCCAAGCAUCAGAGGAAUGAGAUAGACAGUUGCAUUUCACGAGCAGCUAGUUACAUUGAAGAGGCACAAAAUCCAGAUGGUUCUUGGUAUGGUAGUUGGGGAGUCUGCUACACCUAUGGUACAUUGUUUGCAGUGGAGGGGCUCACUGCAUGUGGCCGAACCUAUCGCAACAGCCCUACUUUGCGUAAAGCUUGUGAAUUUCUAUUAUCAAAGCAGCUGCCUAAUGGUGGAUGGGGAGAGAGUUACCUCUCCUGCAGCAAGAAGGAGUAUAUAAACCUGGAAGGCAACCGAGCAAACUUGGUACAAACAGCCUGGGCUUUGUUAUCCCUAAUUAAAGCAGGACAGGCUGAAGUAGAUCCUACCCCCAUCCAUCGUGGAAUUAAGGUCUUGAUAAAUUCACAAAUGGAAGAUGGUGACUUCCCUCAACAGGAAAUCACAGGAGCGAUUUUUAGAACCUGUUUACUAAACUUCUCAUCUUAUCGAAAUAUAUUCCCCAUUAGGGCACUUGGAGAAUAUCUUCGCCAUGUUCUAUGUGCAUAAAUCUCUCAAUCUCAAGAAAGGGGAUGGGCCACAGAGAACAUCAGUUUGACAAGGCCGCCUCUUUCACAUCCUGCUGUGCGAUAUGCAAAAAGAAAUGCAGUGUCAUAUGGUAUGAGACUAUGAGUUGGCUUCUUGGUUGUGUAAGAGUUUGAUACUCUGUUCUAGCAAUAAUUUCUGUCAUUUGAU